AGGCACCAUCGAUUAAAUAUCUUUAAUCGUAGGAUUCUGCUAACUGUUACUUUCUCUCCGAAUUGCAUAGAAUUUCAGAUAUCUGAUUCCGUCAAGCGGUGGAGAAGAGAGAACACCGAGGAACGGAGAGAGAGAGAGAGAGAGAGCGCGGGGCCAUGGAAACUGCCAUAUGCGGUCGAGUCCCUCUUUCAACCAACCAUGUCUUCAACCCUACAAAACCCGGGGAUAAGUACACUGUUUGCAAGCAAUGCAAGAACCGGAUUAUUUUGAUGACAGUAUCGGCCGCUGGGCUUGGGAAAGGUGGCGGCUUAUUGGAGAAGCCUACCGUUGAGAAGACGACGCCUGGCCGUGAGUCCGAGUUUGACUUGAGAAAAUCAAGGAAAAUGGCCCCACCUUACCGUGUUUUGCUGCACAAUGACAACUUCAACAAGCGGGAGUAUGUUGUCCAAGUGUUAAUGAAGGUCAUUCCUGGAAUGACCCUUGACAAUGCAGUUAACAUCAUGCAAGAGGCGCAUUUUAAUGGCCUGGCAGUGGUAAUCAUCUGUGCUCAAGCUGAUGCUGAAGAGCACUGCAUGCAAUUGAGAGGUAAUGGCCUUUUGAGUUCAAUUGAGCCUGCCAGUGGCGGGUGCGAAUAGUUUCAUAUUUUUAGAAAAAGAAAUGCAUGUCUUUGGCAACAGUUUUAAUCCGUUUCUAGUAAGGGAAUUCUGUUUAAAUGUACAUAAACUCAAAAAGUCCAUAUGAAGAUGAACCUUUGUUGUGUUUGCCAUGUUAAAACACCUCUACUUCUAUA